AUGACUUCGCGGGACGGUUAUCACUGGACUGCGACGACAGGUCUACGCCAAGGUGUGCCAUCGAUUAGUGUUAUCUCGCCACCUACGAACGUUCUGUCAACAACAGAGGACUGGGACGUAGUUGUUGUCGGGGCCGGAUAUUCGGGCCUCACGGCAUCGCGAGAUGCUUGUCUCGCGGGACUUAAGGUACUUCUGAUAGAGGCGCGCGAUCGUAUUGGCGGUCGCUCCUGGUCGUCCAACAUCGACGGGUAUCCCUUUGAAAUGGGAGGAACUUGGCUAAGCUGGGGCCAACCUCAUAUUUGGCGAGAAGUUUCCCGGUAUCAAAUGAGAAGCGAGCUGGAACCAUCCUUUGAUUUCUCUCGGGGAGUGAAUCAUUUUGAACUGCGCACUAGCACCCAAGGCUCAUCAAUCUUUAGCCAUUUAGAAGAGGUGUGUGCAUCCCAGAAUGAGAACCAUUCCCCAUUAAGACCCUUCGUUGACCGUCAACAGGAUGCCCUUCUCGCCGGUGCACUGCAGAAAUUCGUCGAUGUAGACGGUGCGAUGGGCCGGGAGAUCAUUCCCUACCCGCACGACGCCUUCCACAACCCGGCGGCCCGGCAAUACGAUAACAUGUCGGCUUUGGAUCGUCUCAAUGGACUGGCUCAGUCACUUACGCCACAUGAGCGCGCAGUAUUAGAGAGCUUCAUUCUGCUCUGCAGCUGUGGGACUCUGGAAACUACAAGCUUCUUUGAAUUCCUUCAUUGGUGGGCUUUAUGCGACUACUCCUACAAGGGGUGUUUGCAGCAUCUAAUUUCAUACAAGUUCAAGGGUGGGCAAUCCAGCUUCGCUAUCAAGUUCUUUCGUGAGGCAAUGGCGACUGGCCGGCUAUCAUAUGCCUUCAACAGCCCAGUUCAGUCGAUCGAUGACCAUGGCAACAGGGUUGUGUUGAAAGCUCGCGAUGGUCGCCAGUAUAGUGGCGCCCGUCUGAUCUCUACCAUUCCGUUGAACGUCCUAAGCUCCGUCAUGUUUUCGCCUCCACUGAGUCCAGAACGCACAGCAGCCGCCAAUAUCGGACAUGUGAACCAAUGUGUCAAGGUCCAUGCAGAGGUUGCGAGUCCGGACAUGCGGUCCUGGUCGGGAAUUUCGUACCCUUUUAACAAGCUUGCCUACGCCAUAGGCGAUGGUACUACGCCCGCGGGAAACACACACAUUGUGUGCUUCGGCGGUGCACAUAACCACAUUCAGCCCGAAGAAGAUAUUGAUGAGACCAAAAGGGCCGUGGAAAAUAUGUCCCCUGGGAACAUGGAUAUUAAGCGAUUGGUCUUUCACAACUGGUGCAAGGAUGAAUUUGCCAAGGGCGCAUGGUUCUUCGCGCCUCCUCAGCUUCUGUCCAAAUCCUUGGACGCACUCAGGCGUCGGCAUGGAAACGUGCUCUUUGCGAACUCUGACUGGGCGGUUGGCUGGCGCAGCUUCAUUGACGGCGCUAUUGAGGAGGGCACCCGGGCGGCGAUGACUGUGACAGAGGAGUUGCGCCAGCUCCAUGCCGUUCGUUCUCAUUUGUAG